GCAGUACGUACGGAUGUGUCUGACAGUCCAGCGCGGCAAAUCGAUAUUGCCAACAAAGAGAAAGCAGAAAACAUCCCUUCAGCGUUAGUUCACCACAAAACUUAAGUCAGUUCAGAUUCUUUAGCGGUCAUAACUCGGACUAACGUUACUCGGUCGGGAUGGGUUUACUCGAGCGGUGCCAGGAGCUCUUCAACACCUCAAACCUGUACGAGGUGCUGGGCAUCAACACAGAGGCAACAGAGACAGAGGUCCGGAGGAGCUACUACAAAGUGUCGCUGAAAGUCCACCCAGACCGGGCUCCUGAAGACCCGCUGGCUACAGAGAAGUUUCAGGUGUUGGGAAAGCUGUAUGCGGUGCUGAGCGAUAAGGAGCAGAGGGCUGUUUAUGAUGAGCAGGGGGUCGUGGAUGAAGAGUCCGACGUCCUGAGUCAAGACCGCUGCUGGGAAGACUACUGGAGGCUGCUCUUCCCUAAGAUUACAGUGCAGGACAUCCUUGAGUUUGAGAAGAAAUAUAAGGGCUCUGAUGAGGAGCGGGAGGACGUAAUCAAGCUGUAUGUGCAGCACCAGGGAAAUAUGGAUGCCAUCACAGCCUCGGCUCUGUGCUGCUCCCAGGAAGACGAGCCCAGGCUCUGCAGCAUCAUCCAGGCUGCCAUCGAGAGCGGGGAUGUCGAGGCAUUCCCGGCGUUUACUCGGGAGAGUGACAAGAAGAAGAAGGCUCGUAGAAAGAGAGCUGAUAGAGAGCGACAAGAAGCAGAGGAAAUGCAAAAAGAGAUGGGGCUCGGUGAUCAGGAUGACAGUCUCGUGAUGAUGCUUCAGCAAAGACAGAAGUCCAGAGAGCAGAAUUUUAACGGUUUCCUGUCUGACCUGGAAGCAAAAUAUGCCAAAAAAAGUGGAAAAUCCCAAAAAGCAAAGAGAGGAAAAAAGUGAAAAGCUUAGAGGCUCUGUUUAUAGCAGAUAAAAUGUACAUACAUUAUAGCAGGUUUCAUUUGUUAAAAAAACACGUUUAGAUCAACAAGAGCAUUUGAAUACGUGUAUGAGCAGCUGCCUAACUGCUCCCUUCUGCGUUCCCCCUCAGAAAACUCUCCUUUAUCGGCCCUCUGUAGCGUUUUAUGUGAAGCUUAUUAAAAUGUAAAUGCAUCUUUUAUUUCUUGUCUUCAUAAACAUGAAUAAAUUCAUAUUUAUAUACA